AUGCAUCGCACCUAUUCUAUGCGCCAGACGCGCAUGCCGACCGCGUCGCAAAUUGAGAACCCGCCUCCGCCGUUGUCGUCGACCAAGGCCAACAGAUGGAUCGGUAAAGGUGGCUUCGGUCAUGCUUUGCGGAAAAAUACCGCCGGAGCCUUCGGGCCAGACCUCGCCAGGAAGCUCGCCCAGCUGGUCAAGAUGGAGAAGAACGUCAUGCGCAGCAUGGAGAUGGUAGCCAAGGAGCGCAUGGAGACUGCGCAACAACUCUCCAUCUGGGGUGAGAACUGCGAUGAGGAUGUGUCGGAUAUCACUGAUAAGAUCGGCGUUUUGCUCUACGAAAUUGGUGAGCUGGAGGAUCUUUACGUCGACCGCUACGACCAGUACCGCGUCACCAUCAAGAGCAUCCGCAACAUUGAGGCUUCCGUCCAGCCCAGCCGUGAUCGCAAGCAGAAGAUCACCGAUGAGAUCGCCAAGCUCAAGUACCGCGACCCCAACUCUCCUCGGAUCGUCGUCCUGGAACAGGAACUGGUUCGCGCCGAGGCUGAGUCCCUCGUUGCGGAGGCUCAGCUGUCCAACAUCACGCGUGAGAAGCUCAAGGCGGCCUUCCAGUACCAGUUCGAUGCCCUUCGCGAGCACAGUGAGAAGGUUGCUCUCAUCGCUGGCUACGGCAAGCAUCUGUUGGAUCUUGUUGACGACACUCCGGUCACUCCGGGUGAGACUCGCGCCGCCUAUGACGGAUACGACGCCAGCAAGGCCAUCAUCCAGGAUUGCGAGGAGGCGCUCGCCAACUGGGUGAGCUCCAAGGCGGCGGUCAAGUCCAGCAUGUCCACCCGGACCCGCACUCUCUCCCAGCGUCACCGCGAGAGCCUCAAGUCCCGCGAGGGAGUCGACCUUUCCGCUCAGGACCAGCCCAUGCGGGGCGACCGGGACUCGUGGGUGGCUGCGGACCAGCACGCCGCCUCGUACCAGCACGAGGUGGAGGACGGUGAAGAGAUGGACGAGCGACGAGAAGAGCCGGUCGGUGUCUAA